CUAGUGUAUAUAUUGGUGUACAUACGUGCGCUUCCCCCUAGCAAAAUUAUUAAAUUUCAAACAUUUUCAUUGUAUUAUUUUAAAAAAUGUCAGUCUUUUUACGAUUUCAAAAAUGGACCGUCGUAGGUUUAGGUGCUUUAAGUGGUGCAGCAUUAUUUUAUUACAAUGCCUAUGGUGAUUGUGAAUCUUCUUGUGUACAAAACUCUUGGACAACAAAUUUCACGCCUUCUGUAAAAUGGGAUCAUAACUGGGACAGGCGAGAUCCAAAAAGUUUGGUGAAGCCUUUGAAAAUAAAUAAUGAAAUAGAUGAAAAUAAAUAUAAUGAAGAAUUUGCAGCAAAAAGAGCCAAACAUAUGAGGCAUUUGGUACUUAUUAGACAUGGACAAUAUAAUACUGCAGGAAAAGUAGAUUCUGAAAAAGUUCUUACUGAACUUGGUCGACAUCAAGCUGAAACAACUGGAAAAAGAUUAGCAGAAUUAGACGUAUCUUAUUCUCUAAUAGUUAGAUCAACAAUGACAAGAGCUCAAGAAACUUCUAAAAUAAUAGAAAAAAGUCUUCCAAAUGUACCAACUGAAGAUGAUAGUCUUUUAACUGAAGGUGCACCUAUUCCACCUGAACCACCAAUAGGCAAUUGGAUGUCAGAACGAUAUUUUUACCAAGAUGGACCUAGAAUAGAAGCAGCAUUUAGAAAAUAUUUCCAUCGGGCAGACCCUAAGCAAGAAAAAGAUACUGUUACUAUUCUUGUUUGUCAUGCAAAUGUUAUUAGAUAUUUUGUUUGCAGAGCUUUACAAUUUCCUCCAGAAGCUUGGAUGCGUAUGUCUUUAAAUCAUGGAAGCAUUACUUGGUUGUGUAUAUAUCCUAAUGGAAGAGUAACAAUGCAUUGUCUUGGAGAUACUGGUCAUAUGUUACCUCAAAACAUUUCAGUUAGUUAAUAAUAAUGAGGUAUAUAAUUAAAUUUACUGCUUUAAGAUGAAAUGUGUAAUUCAGUAUUUCCAGAUGCGAAGAAAAUCAUGAAAGAAAUUAAAUUUUGUAUUUAUAAAAGUAUUUCUAUAGUGUGUGUAUAUGUGAGGUUCACACUUUUUCCUGUAAAAUGCAUAUAUGGAUGAAGAUAAUACAUAAUGAAAUGAAUUGGAAUGUUUCAUAUAAUAUGGAAAUCAACUUAUUAUCUACGAUUUGUUACGUUUAUUAAGACAUUUUAUUUGGCAGUGUAAAAAUAUACAAAUAUGCAUUAAGCAAACAUAAUUGUAGAUUUUAUACAAGUGAAUAUAAGAAAUUUUUCUAAGUAGAAA